GCACCGCCCGGGAAGCUUCGAGUGCCACAUCCUCCCGCUGCUGCCGCUGCUCGCGCUGCCGCUGGUCCUGCUGCUGCUGCUGCCGCUGCUCCCGCUGCUGCUGAGAAGCCUGGCGGAGCUGGGCCGGCCCGCGGCCAUGGCCCAUCAGACCGGCAUUCACGCCACACCUGAGUUGAAGGAUUUCUUUGCCAAGGCUCGGAAUGGAUCUGUUAGGUUGAUCAAAGUCGUCAUUGAGGAUGAACAGCUCGUGCUGGGUGCCUUCAGGGAGCCGGCCCAGGGAUGGGAACAGGACUACGAUGCUGCUGUCUUGCCUCUGUUGGAUGAGGGCCAGCCCUGCUACAUCCUGUACCGGCUAGACUCCCACAAUGCCCAGGGCUUCCAGUGGAUCUUCAUCGCCUGGUCCCCAGACAGCUCUCCGGUUCGACUGAAGAUGCUUUAUGCAGCCACCAGAGCAACAGUGAAGAAGGAGUUUGGUGGGGGCCACAUCAAGGAUGAACUCUUUGGGACAGUGAAGGAUGACCUCUCCUUCAGCGGCUACCAGAAACACGUGUCGUCCUGCGCUGCCCCAGCCCCCCUGACCAUGGCAGAGAGGGAGCUCCAGCAGAUCCGGAUCAAUGAGGUGAAGACAGAGAUCAGCGUGGAGAGCAAGCACCAGACCCUGCAAGGCCUUGCCUUCCCCCUGCAGCCAGAGGCCCAGCAGGCCAUUCUGCUGCUAAAACAGAAGAAAAUCAACUACAUCCAGCUGAAACUGGACCUGGAGCGGGAAACCAUCGAGCUGGUCCACACGAACCCCACAGAGGUGGCGGAUCUGCCCAAGAGAGUGCCCCAGGAUUCUGCCCGCUACCACUUCUUCCUCUACAAACACUCCCAUGAGGGUGACUACCUGGAAUCUGUGGUGUUCAUCUACUCCAUGCCGGGAUACAAGUGCAGUAUUAAAGAGCGGAUGCUGUACUCCAGCUGUAAGAGCCGGCUCCUGGACUCCGUGGAACAGGAUUUCCAGCUGGAGAUCACCAAGAAGAUGGAGAUCGACGACGGGGCAGAGCUGACAGCACAGUUCCUGUAUGAUGAAGUCCACCCCAAACAACACGCCUUCAAGCAGGCCUUUGCCAAGCCCAAGGGCCCGGUGGGCAAGAGGGGCCAGAAGCGGCUUAUCCGGGGCCCUGGCGAGAACGGAGAUGAGAGCUAGGCAAGGGCCCAGCCCUCCCGUACCUGUCAUCUGCCUCAGGCUGAGCCAGAGUGGGCUGAGAACUGUGUGGUGUCCUGGGUCACAGUGACCUGGGCUCAGGGCCACUCUAGUACCUGGAGAGGCCCCUUCCCUCCCCCCAGGAGUUACUGUGUGUUUGCUCUUUCUUUUUCUUUCUCUCUCUCUUCCUCUUUUUCUCUCUCUUCCCCCUCCUUUGCUGUCAACCCUGAGGGAGAUGUGUGAAUUCUUGUCGCUCAGCUUCGCUGUCCUAUCUGUCUCCUCACCCAGUUAACCCAGAGCUCAUUUCCAUCUCAGUCACCGUAAAGUCCACCACUCUUCAUCUCUGUGUCCUCAGUCCCUCUCCCCCAAGCACUGUCUGUUGAAUUGAGUUGCACAGAAGCUUUUAUGUCCUUCAGGCCCCCGUUUUUGUUACCCCAGCUCCCAACAUUCUUGUCCCUCCUCCACACACACCAUCUCCAUCUUUAUCCAUCCCUGUCCAUAGUCUCUCCUGCCAAGGUCUGGAGGAUAGGGCCAGGCUUUUUUUUUUUUUUUGAGGUGGGGACAACAUACCUGGAGGGCCCUCCAAGGUUUAAGGAGGAGAUGGGCGGAGGGAUAUUUGCUAAGGCUGGGAAGUGGAAAUGGGUUGCAGCAGGGUGAGUAGGAGAGGACGCCAGGCUCGACCUUCUGAGACGCCCCCCAGGAUAGUAAGUGAGCUCUGGGUGUGACAGUGGGAGUUCAACCCCCUGGAGGUUCAGGGCUUAGCUGGGCAAGCUGGGAUGGGGGAAGGGGGACUGAGGGUACAGGACUUACUGGACUGAAUGCUGUAUUUUCUAAGGAAUAAAGUAUUUUUAAAUCAA